UCUGACGCCAUGCUCACUGUUUUGCCCCAACUUUAUCGUGUCAGGUUUUGUGCGUUGUUGUCGAUUUGGAAUAGGUCUCUAACUUAAUGUAAUAUUUGUUUGUCGACUGAUAACUGUAAGAUAAUCAGAGACUCAUUUUCAUGCCCCUUGGAUUUAAACAGGGGAACGGAUUGAUUCUGUUUGCUCCAUUUCGCAUCGCAAUAUUUUAGCAAGAAAUUGCUAGCGCAAGUUUUAGGGGUUGGCUGAGUGGAGCGUUGGGGUAGGUGUCGGGCGACCUUAGCGCCCGCUCUCGUCGGCCGUGCUCCGCCCCUCCCCGGGUCCGGAAUGGCGGGUAAUUUCCGCAGCUACAUCUGGGACCCGGUCCUGAUCGUGUCGCAGAUCCUCCUGAUGCAGUGCAUCUACUACAGCUUCCUGGGGCUGUGGCUGGCCGGCGUGGACGGCCUCGUGCAAAACAGCCGCUCGCUGGACCAGAUCUUCAGCUACGAGGUUCUUGGAUUCUCUACGCUCCAAGGCCGGCUCUCCAUGAUGGCGUUCAUUCUGAACUCUCUGACAUGCGCUCUGGGCCUGUGGUUCUUCAUCCGGCGCGGGAAGCAGUGCCUGGACUUCACCGUCACGGUGCACCUCUUCCACAUGGUGGGCUGCUGGGCGUACAACGCCCGCCUGCCCGCCGCCCUGUCCUGGUGGCUGGUCAACAUGGUGUGCAUGGCGCUCAUGGCCGUCAUCGGGGAGUACCUGUGCAUGCGGACCGAGCUCAGGGCCAUCCCGGUCAACACCGGGCCCAAGUCCAACCUCUGAUUUCCCCCCCCCCCCCUCCCCCCGACGCCCAGCGCCGGCGCCGCCAGGAUCCGCCCGGUGCCGAAACCUACUCGCCGUAACCGUGGUGGCGACUGGGACCGCGGCGGGAUUCGCGGCUGCGGGGAAGAGAUGGGUUCGGUGAUUGUCGGUGCCCUUUUGCGAGGGGGGGGUCGAUAAGCUGAGUCUUAACUGUCAGCGUUUGCCCUCCUCAGGGUGGUUUUAUUUUCCAAACUGUCAAGGUAUUUAUUUAUGAACCUGUACAUUCUGUCGAAAUGCGGACUGUCAGCCUACCUACCUAACUGAAGUUCCUGCUUUCUUCACUAAAACUAAAAAAGGGAUGCGCGUUCCCGGAAAAAGAGCCAUUUUAGAGUCUCUGAUUGCGGAGCGGUGGAUGUUGGAGGCGCUCCAAAAUGGUGUCCUCGAUUCCCCGGAAAAUAAGAGCUUAGUCACCCCCGGCAACAGAAUGAUUAAUCUCUCCGAUCAUGUUUCCAUGAGAAUAUACAAUGAUAUUUUUUUAUAGAAAUAAAUGGCCAUUGCUGUGUUUGCGUCUGAAACGUAUCCCAAAAAAUUCUAACCUGCUGUAAUAUAAUAAUGGCUACCGAGGCUGGGUUCAUUUGGUUGUGUGUACUGUAGCGCCUGGCUCUGUUGUAUGCACUCUCUGUUGCCUGACCUGCAGUUUUGGUGUAGCCUCAAAACAGAGAUAAGAAGCACAGCCCAUGGGCCAUAAAUGCCUGUUUUUGGAGGAAUGCGUCGACAAGGCUUCAUGCAGUCAGCUAAGAUGCUAUGGUGUUUUGAGACUACAUACCCCCCUUCCCCUCCCACCAUUAUAAAUCUUGGUAUAAUUUAUUCAAUUCCCUGUUCAAACAUGUUUGAAAAUGUAUAUGGAUUCAAAUUUAAUGUAUUGGUAGGCGGACUGUCUAAUUUUAUUGAACCAGUGUUUUUUGAAUCAGUCUAUUGAGCUACUGUGGGUGGGACUUACCUGCUGUUGUUUUGGCUCCUCUGUCACAUGAUCAGGUCAUGUGAGCGCUGUUGAAUCUGUUGCUUGCUUCGCUUUCUCAGUCAGCCAUACAGAUUAAUCAAGGAAGCGCGGAAACAUAAAAAUCUCAGUUAUUAGCCAUUUGUAGGCAACAUGGACAGGACAUUUAAAGGGAAGGCCCUGUCUUAGUUGCCUAAAAAUGGCUAAUGGUUGCUUUGGUUUUUUUUUUUUAUAAAACUUGAUGCUCUCUUGGUGCAAUCUUUAUGAACUCAUCUCUGUUUUCAUCUGGAGGCAAACACAGACGAACGUUACAGCUUUGGCAAUUCAUUUCAAAGUGAACACAUCUGAACAACCCGUGAUGAGUAUUGACUUUCUUAAACACUGGGCAUUGGACACCAACAGGAACUGGUGAGAAAGCCGCUCGCUCUUGAGUAAACAGUACAGUUACGUGUAAAGAAUGGACUAUGUAGUGACUGAUCUAAUGUAAACCAGCAGACUCUGACAGGGAACACGCUCUCUUUGUCUGCCUGAAACAGACAGAGGCUUUUAUAGUAAUCCUGGCCUUGGCUACAGAGGAAGGACGGCAUGGUGGUAUCACAUUAUGAACUAUUGUAAUCACGCGUAUGGUUUUAACAAGUAGAAACGUGUUUACAUGGGCAUGUGUCACUGCGUUCGCUAAAAUAAGGGCAUUUUUUGAAGGCCCCUUCUGUGUCUGUGGUUGCACAUUUUAACAAAAAAGGUAAAGGACCAACUGUUGCAGUAUUGUUGGCUGUUCAAAACUUCCCACGCUUGCCGUCUUUACAGUACACAGUCAUUAGUGAAGGAUAUACAGAAUUUUCAAUUUCUCCCAAGUAGAAAUUACAAGCUGUCUUGUUAUUAUAAGCAGUACAGUCUAUUUUGCUCAAGUUAUCCUAGCAUCUGUUUUAUAAUUUAAUGGCAAUUUUGGGUUUCCCUCCUAAAAUAGCCUGUGCUUAACGACACAUUUUCUAUAUCGAAAGAUUCAGUCGUGGUAACGAGGGGGCACGAGACCGCCAAGAUCAUCGUAACAAAGAGUUAUUCAAGUCAUGCUUUGUGCUGCCAUUGGGCGUGGUGUUAUAUUACAUCCAGGUUACAGCAUCUUCACUUCCAUACAGACCGUCUGCUUCCUGUUACAUUUCAAGAGUACAUUUUCAUGACGUUUCUGUGCCAAGUGUAUUAAUUCGCACUAAACUAGCUCUUGUUUUUAUUUAAGUCCAGAUGUUAUGUCUGAGGGUGACCGUGUUUAUGCAGCGGCUGGAUUGAAGUCCUCAAUCAUUUUGUCUGCAUCUGCAAGAAGGUAAAUGAAAUUGAGCGGGUUAAUCUGUUGAUUUUGAUUCUUUUUUUCCCUCCAAAGCUCCAGAUGUGGUUUGUGUAGCACGUUAGCACGAGUCUGUGUUUGUGCAGAGGUGGUAAACAGUGUUGCAGUGCGUGUUAUCCUCCAUUUCUUAAGAGUCAUUCAAACUUGCAUGCUGGAAACUUGAAUCGGUGACCAUUUCAGUGACCACUUGAAGUUAAUAUUUUGAUGUAUCUUGUUUGAUGCGGAACCAACCGCAAGCUUUUGUGGAGGCAGUGGAUCUUAGCGCUGUAGCGUCCCAGAUUUACAGAACGAGCGCGGUGCUCUAACCCGAUUACAAGAGCCUGAUGGGAGAGUUCAGACUGUGUUCUGAGUGCUUUCAUGUGAACCUUUUCAAAGCCAUUUUGUCUCUCUUUCAGUGUGAAACACGAGUUUCGAAACCAGGGUCAUGAAUAUUUUAUGGUGGGGAUUCUAGCUUGUGAGCAGUUUUUUUUUUUUGUUUUUUUUUUUUUGGAACAAAUCAUUGUCGAGUCAAAGAUUUUGCAGGUGGGCGGGUUUGACAUUUUGGAUAUUUUCGAUUUUAGAAGAUGCAUUGUGGAAACUAAUCCUACUCCAUACUUUAAAUACUUUCUAUACUAUUAUUUUCCAAUGUAUGUUGCUGCUAAAGAUCAACUGGGAAACGGUUUUUUAUGCAACCAAGAAAGUGAAUCAUUGUAGUCGCAGUAUAGUCAGAAAUCUUUAGACCGGAGAAGGAAAACAUCUGCCACUGAUGUUAUUUUUUCCCCAACCCAAUCACCUUCUGCUUGAGAAUAUCUCUGAAAUCUCUUGUGUUGUAAAGUAAAUAAAAAUAACGUGUCGGUCUACAACA